UCCGGCUGCCACCGCCAGAGGGCGCGCGCGCCAUUCACCUGCCCGGUUUGGUCACAGAGAUCAGAAAAUGUGUGAAAUAACUGAAAUCAUCUGAGGGGAGACUCCUCCCACUCAUGAGCGAACCGUCAUCAUGAAAAACGAGGUUUGUUCAACAAGCUGCACGCACACGCGCAGCGGGAGUCACGUAGCCCGCGCUGCUUUCUGCCUGCCAGAACCCGGACGGAUCCGAGCACCGGGACCUCUCAGCUUAACGGUCCGGGUCUCACAGCAGAUCCUGGUCAGAACCCGCGGCUCUGGUCCGUUCAGAGCGCGUGCCAGCUUCUCUAACCUAUCCGGACGGGAGCACGUGCGCCUCUGUGAUGCUGACCUGAAGUUCUUUGAGGAUGAAGAUGGAGAGGAAGACAGAGUCCAGCUGAUUCUCAACCUGUACCCGAACCUGACCGUCCAUCAUGCUGCCUGACGAGGCCCCCCCUCUGGACAACGUGACAGGGAUAAGCUGUGAACUCCCCUACCAGAAGGACCGCCUCCCGCUGACGCUGCUGUACAGCACCGUGAUGGUGGUCGGACUUCCUGCCAACCUGCUGACCCUCUUCUUGAACUGGCUGCAGGUGCGCAGGAAGAACGUGCUGGCCGUGUACCUGUUGGGGCUGUCCCUGUGUGACCUUACAUACCUGGGCACGCUCCCCAUGUGGGCAGACUACGUGAGCAGAGGUCACAUCUGGCAGUGGAGCUCCUUCGCCUGCAAAGUCACAGGCUUCAUCUUCUUCACCAACAUGUACAUCAGCAUCUUCCUGCUCUGCUGCAUCUCCUACGACCGUUACGUAGCCGUAGUGCACAGCCUGGAGGUGCGCGGCCUGCGCCAUCGCCGCCACGCCUUGCUGGUCCUAGUCGUUAUCGUGUUCGUGGUGGCGAUUGUGCACACUCCAGUCUUCAUAAUGAAGGAAGGGGCUGGAGAUGGCUUAAAGCGCUGCUUCGAGCCCAGUCAAAGCAGCGCCAUGGUGGCGGGCUUCAACUACGCCCGCUUCAUCCUGGGCUUCCUGCUGCCGCUGCUGCUGCUGGUGCUCACAAACCACCGGGUGCUGGCCAGCGUGCAGCGCAGCACGGGAUUGCAGGGGAAACAGAAGCGGCGUGUGCGUCUGCUGGUGGUGGCCGUGGUGUUGCUCUUCCUGGUUUGCUUCACCCCCUACCAUCUGAUUCUGCUGGCCCGGGCCAUCACUUUCCACCUUUCUCUGGACAGCAUCGACUGCGACUUCAUGUACACGCCUUACACCAUCUCCCUCGGCCUGUCCACCGUAAACAGCGCCGUCAACCCCAUUCUUUAUGUCCUAGCCAGCAAAAAUAUUCGCAAAGACCUGUGGCGAGGGCUCGCUCAGCUCUGCGGCCAGGACAAUACUCCAGCGUCAGCACAGUCCAGCAAUCCAUCGGGUGCCGAAAGUUAAACUGAAGAGAUACACGUCUUUACCAAAGACCAGCAAGGACUGGACCCGGCCGGACUACCGAGCAGAGCCUGGGCAUAGGCAACCGCCUAGGUCGCCAUCUGCUGGAGGGGGGCUAAAUCCCAGUGAUUAUAUAUUGUUAUAUUAUUUUUUUUAAGCAGUUUGACACACCACUCAUUUCAUGUAAAAAAAAAAAAAAAAAAAGUAACUAAAAACCGUAAAUAAAAUGACUCCAAAGUUUGAUGUAA